AUGUUUCAAAAAUCAGUUAUAAAGGCAUGUAACUCCAGAAAUAAUUUAUGGUCAGCAAAGGUUCAAUCCCGUUUGCUAUUAGUUAAUGACUUGCCAGCAGCAGAUGCCAUUUACCACCAGGCAUGCAGCGUAAAUUUUCGAAAAGGUGACCCGGUCCCAAAAAAGUACCAAUAUAAUCCCAAAGACGAAUUACGUUACAAACCUCUUGGUCAUCCUAAGGAGAAAGACAAGCUAGAUGCUUUUUUGAAAGUUUGUAAGUUGUUUGAAGAAAAUGAUGAGCUGGUUUGUGCCCAGCAGCUGGUUACUAAAAUGAAAGACUUUCUACCAGUUGGUAGUGAACCAUAUAGUGAACGCUACAUGCUGCAAAAGCUUAAAGAAGUUUUUUUUGGGAAUAUCAUCGUUUUCUCGAAGUAUGGAUUGCCUAAUAUAUUAACUAUGGGUGAAACAGUGGCUGAUAUUAUUUUGGAUUACCAGAAGAAGAAAAAAUUAGAAGACCCUGAAUAA